AUGUUAUUUUCACGAGAUAUCUGCACUAGUAUCUAUCUAUCUAUCUAUCUAUCUAUCUAUCAAGAACUAUAUGCCUAUGGAAUAACAAACAUCGUGAUUUCUUUUUUUGGCUGUUUUACGGCUACUGGGGCAGUAUCUCGAACCAGCGUUCAAGUCGGAUGCGGCGCGAAAUCUCAGGUUUCCAGUUUGGUUGGAGCGCUUUUUGUGCUCAUCGUCAUCUUUGUCGCGGGUCCAUGGCUAAAAACUUUACCAAUUUGUGUUCUCUCAUUUGGCAUCGGCCUGCUCAUUGGUGCCGUCCUUGGAAUCAUUUCAGUCAUCAUGCGAACACUUUGGGUGGAAGCAGUGUCUCUCGGUAUAAUCAAUAACACAAAAGUCUUCUUGGAUCAGACCAAAUAUCAAGGGGUGACACUUCCAGCCGGAAUAAAAGUUGUGUCAUACUCAUCUCCACUUUAUUAUGCCAACGUAGACAUUUUCCGGAAUGAAAUUGACAGCAAAACUGAAAAAUUCAAGAAAGUGAAUAAACACUCAAAUGGUCAAAUGGUUUCAACAGACCUUUCCAUUAUAAUAAAUCCAAAGUCUGCGAACAGUUUACACGAAGAUAGGUUUCAUCAGAAAAUCAUUAUCGAAUGUUCCGGUAUAAGUUUCAUUGACAGAAUGGGUGCAACUGCACUUCAACAGUUAUAUGUUGAAUACAAAAACAAAGGAAUCUCUUGUCUUUUCUCGGGUGUUAAUGACAGAGUGAUAUCUGUUCUAAAAGCAUGUGGAGCCUUCAAUACACUUCAGUAUGUCAUGUAUCGCACGACUUAUGAUGCAAUGUUGGCAGCAGGUUUUGAAGAAAACGAAAUCAACACACGUUUUUAA